UUGUCUUUAGUUCACUUCAAGCCACAUGAGCACCAACAAUUUGACCACAUCGGUUCAGUCCAUACCAGACUAUGUCUACUCACAGCUUUCCAACCCUCAGGCCACCUCACCCGAGACCAAGAAGCUCCACCAGGACAUCUGCAGUCUGUCUCAGAGGGUUCACACAUCCCUGAAGUCCAUUCAUGAGGUACUGACCUUGGAGAGAGAGAGACUGAAGCAGGCCUGGGCCGGGCCAGACCUGAGGCAGAACACCUCCCAGCAGUUUGCUACGCUCUGCACCACCAUGUCUGAGGUAACACACAAAUGA